AUGUCCGAUUUUGACGUAGCCUCGUACAAUGGUGGUGACGAUGACUUAUAUGAUGACUUCGAUGCUGUCGAAGGUACCGAGACCGCUGGUGCCGAGUCUGGCGAGGAGAGGGAGCUCGCACUGGACCAAGGGGCGCGUGGUCGAACCUAUUGGGGCUUCACAUUGACUGAUGAUGCCUCGGCCGCUGAGGCUCUGAGGAAUUGGGUCUCGUACCUUCCUGCUACCCAGAUUGAUCUGGUAUCUGAUAUUGGUGAUAGUAGAGGCAUCUAUGUGGUGCAUAUGGAGAGCCUCCUCAUCAACGUAUUACAAAAUGAAAUGCCCAAUUUCGAUAAGCAGCCGAUCUUUGCUAAGGCCUUAUUCUCUAUAGAGCGAUGCCUUUCCAUCUUAGAGGAGCUUCGAGGGACUGCUGGUAUGCGAUUGGUGUUCUUUGAUUGUUUCGAGGUGUUGUAUCGGACGAAGGCAAGUGUCUACUGGACACUACGAGAGGCUCUUCGCCUGCAUCUUCUCGCGACUAAACCUGCUCUGGUAAGGGUCUUCAAGGACUGGGUCAACGACUCUGCUUGGACCGCCUUUGUGGAGGAGCAGGGUGUGGCGUUUAUGGUUUGCGGCGAUAACGAUGUGCCCUUUGUUGCCCCAGAGGAUGAUGAAGGGCAACCUAUGAUGCCCAGCGAUAUGGUAGAGCUAGCCCCAGGGCUCCUACAGUGCCUAGCUCUUGAUAUGGUUACGAAACAUCAAAUUCGUGUGGCGAUAGUGAGCACGAUGGAGAGGCGCGUGCAUAGGCUUAUGUCGGUGACCAUCGGCCCAGAGCGAGGCCACCCUGAAGUCCUUGCUAGGGUCACCCCCGUGGUAGAGAGUCUACUCAGCACUCUGAAGGAUGAUGAUGAAGAAGACGAGGAGGACGAGGAGGAUCCUCAAGCGUUCGUAGAGCAGAUAGAAGGGGCGGUCAAGGACUAUACUAAGCAGUUCGGUCCUGAUGGGGGAGUUCGAGGCUUCAUCACACGAAUCGGUCUGGAGCAAACUCUUCAGGAGUGCAUAUCUUUAGUGGAGGAAGAGGAGGAUGAGGAGAUUGCGAAUGGUCCGAUUGAACUAUGUUUGGUUUUUGCCAAGGUCGUGGCGGCUUGUGAAGUGUUGCUGGAGGAGAUGCCUCUUCAUGCUCGAUCGCAUUGUACGUUUUCGGAUGAGGCAUUCACGCUGGUCUCCUCUGGGGACAUCUCCAGUGCCUUGGAUGACUUCUUCGUGAACUGCCGACUUGUCCUCACUCCUAUGGCAGACUACAUGAAGACUAACCCCGAGUAUAUGGCAGGAGUUGGUCUGAAGAAUGAUAUUUCUGAUAUGUUCGAUUCGAGGCUCUUCCGAACGGUCUUGUACUUGGUCCUUGCUGCUCCGGAGAAGGACGGUAUCACAUUUGACCUCGGGAGGAUCUUUGGUUUCCAGGGAAGGUCCUUAACGACCUAUGAGAGGUAUUGGAAGUCUAUAGUCGGCGAUAUUGAGUUCCCCGACUCACUGGCCGCGCACGCGGAAGAUUCCUCAAAGGCGGUGCUUUCGAUCAAGAUGGAAGUUCCAUGUGCAGGGUGA